AUGCAGAGUGACAAGGGCGGGGCAUCGCUCACGCCGGCGCUGCAGCUGCAGUCGCUGCGGUCACAGAGCAGCCACAGCAUCGCCGCUCACGGCUCAGCCGCACACGACGCGCGCGCCACAUCAGCGGAAUCCACUGACCCAGACAACAAGGCAAGUGCGCUCCACCAGCACGAGCAGCAGAAACAGCAGCAGCACGAGCAACAGGAGCAGGAUGCACGCUCGUCUCUGCUGAUGCGACGCCAGCCACAUGGACAAGGCCCACCACCACUGCAUCUCCGACACACCAGCACGCAGUCCAUGCCAUCACUCCGUCUCACACGCAGCGGGAGUGCUGGUGCUGGCACCUGUGGGGAGCGAACGCGCCACGCAGCAAGCAUGGGCGAGACAGGCAGUGGCGGCGCUGGUACUGUCGAUGGUGAUCUGUUUGCAGACACCACAUCGCCGUCAUCCACGCCGGGUGUUGGCGCUGCCCACCCAGCCGGUGUCACCACCACGGCACCUGCAACCAGCAUGAUGGACACUCGCAUGGAUAUGGACACGGCGAGCGAUGCAGCUGGUCACCAUCAUCAACACCACCGCCACCACCACCACGGUCACAGCAGCAUGAUGCAGGAUGAAGGUGAGCCGUUGAUUGGCGGUGUUGUGUCCAACACGUCCCACCGCCAGCACCAGCGCGUGAAGGAUGACGAUGAAUCAGGUCUCUCGUCCUCACAACAGGCGGCAGAGACGCUCGUGGCCAUGUCCACGCAGGCAACGCCACAGGCACGUUGUGCUGCAUCGGCAUCAGCCGCGUCACACGGCAGACAUGACGGCCUUGCGUCCAGCACAACUGAACACAAGCAGCAGGAGGCGCCUGGGGAUGAGCAGUCGUCAUCCCAGCUCUCUCGCGCCACCCAACAGCUGCUCAGCACACGCAUGCCGCCAGCCAGCGCGGCGGCAAGCGGCGAUGACGCAAGCGUUUCCUCCAUUCUCGACCUGCAGAAACGCAUUAUGCAAUCGCAGGCGCGCCUGGCCAAGACCCAGCACCAGCAGCAGCAGCAGCAAGGACAGGGGCAGGAGGAACAUCAGGCCAAACCGCCACAGGGACAACAACAGCAGCACCAAGCGAUUGAAGACUUCCUGCGACGCGCGGCAGACCAAUCAGGCGAGCAGUCACAGCAGCAACAGCAGCAGCAGCAGCACACGCAACCCACACUACUGUCAUACUCGCUGUCACCCACGUCAUACACAUCAUCGCCCUCCCCGGGUGCCAGCAUGGGUGCAGGGUUCUGGCAGCAGCAGCAGCAACAGCAGCCGAUGCCUGGCGUGCCUUCGUCAUCAGCAACAUCAUCGGCAUCGUCCAUGUCGCAGCCGGAUGCCGGUCGCUCCCUCAUGAUGCUCCUGCAACAACAGCACCACCACCAGCAGCAGCCCAUGUCAACGGCGUCGCCUUCAUCGCCGGGCAUGUCGCGUGCGUCCAACCACGCCCCACCUUCCCAUUCGGGAAAGAGGCGGCCUGGCCCAGACCCGCUCCCUGCAAAGCGACCUGGGAGCUCCCAUGACCUCUCACAGCGCAUGGCACCGCAACAGCGCCAGCAGCCAUCGUCCACGCUCAGUGGUGGUGGUGGUGGUGGUGGUGGCGGCGGCGGUGACAUGAUGCAAGGCAUGCGCACGCCGAUGCAAUCAACAGGCACCAUGUCGCCACUUGCAGGCACACCCCCACUGGGCGUCUCUCCCGUCGCCAUUGCAGAGAUGCUGCGACACUUCCAGGGGCCAGACACCCAAGACCAACAGCAGCAACACCACCAACAACAGCAGCAGCAACAGCAGCAACAGCAGCAGCAGCAGUUGCUUGAAAACCUUCGCCAGCUCCAGCAACUCCAGCAGCAGCAGCAGCAGCCUCCGCGACAACAAGUGGGCGGGUUUCAGCAAGUGUCACCGCAGCAGCUGACGGCAUCACCAUCAAGGUCAAGGCAGCAGCACCAGCAACACAUGGGCAACGCGCGCAUGCAACCCAUGUCUGCGUUCCCUUUUCAACCGCAGCCGCAACAGCAGCCACAACAGCAGCCGCAGCCGCAGCAAAGCCGCCAGCUCUCGCCAAUGGCCAUGCAAUCCAUGUUCCCUGGUCUUGACUUCAGCGCGCUGCCUGUUGACAGCAGCGGCGUUGCCCUCACAGGCAUGUCUGGUGGCAUUCCCCAUCAGAUGUCACCACUGGCCAUGCAGCCGCAACAGCAGCACCAGCAAUCACCAUCGCACCAGCCGCAACAGCAGCACCACCAGCAGCCUGCACAGGCGUUUUUCCAGCCUGGCACGUUCGCACCACAGCUGCCUUCAAUGCAGAUGACGACAUCACCGCAACUGCAGCAGCAACACAUGGACGCCAUGCAACGCUCGCACGCGUCCCCACAACAGCUGACCGCCGCGCAAUUUGAACCGCGAAUGCCGGACAGCGGGGAUGUGGAAUCCCCGUCCGGGAUCAGCACGGACAUGAUGGCUGGCCUGGCGGUGGAAGACCCAGCCAGUCGCAUUGCGCGUCUGCUUGGCUAUCCACGGCCAGCCAAGCGCGAAAGCAACAUCUGCUGCGUCUGUCAGCGCGAGAGCGAUCACGGCAUGCGGGGGCAGCUGUGCUCCACGUGCUACUGUGGCGUGUACAAUGACAUUCGCAAAUGGGUGCGGCGAGACCCGCGUCGCGUGUUUUACCUCAACGACAUGCGGCAGUUUUCCUUUGACCAACUCAUCGAAGAUCUCAAGGAAAUGCCUCGCGGGUGCUCCCAAAACUACCAGUGCACGGAUGAAAACUUCCACCAAGACUCUGUGUCCAAGUGCACACGCUGCCGCACCAUUGCCGCGUGCCAUCGCGAUCCCAACAUGUCUGAUGACUGCACACUGCGUCUAUGCCCGCUGUCAUGCCAGUGAGCAUGCGAGUGCUCACAGACGAACACGACACGUAUACUCCGGCGACUAUCAUCUCACGCUUGUUCUUGCUCCCCCAUGCCCAAACGCACUGUUCUUUCUUUGAUCAACACCAUACAUGACGGGCAUGCCACCAACACCACUGCUGGCGAUCCGUGUGAAAACAACGACCAACUUUCAACUUUGGACUGCACAUGGACGAUGU